CGGCCUCGCUCGGCUCGGCCCGGCCCAGCCCCGCUCGGCCCGGCCCGGCCCGGCUCCGCUUUGCUCGGCCCGGCCCGGCUCGGCUCCGCUCGGCUCAAAUCGGCCCCGCUCAGCGCGGCCCAGCCCGGCCGGCACCAUGCUGGCGCUCUUCAACAAGCUGCUGGACUGGUUCCGGGCGCUGUUCUGGAAGGAGGAGAUGGAGCUGACCCUGGUGGGGCUGCAGUACUCGGGCAAGACCACCUUCGUCAACGUUAUCGCGUCAGGACAGUUCAAUGAGGACAUGAUCCCGACAGUGGGUUUCAACAUGAGGAAGAUCACCAAAGGGAAUGUUACCAUAAAGCUCUGGGACAUCGGGGGACAGCCGCGGUUCCGCAGCAUGUGGGAGCGAUACUGCCGUGGUGUGAGUGCCAUCGUGUACAUGGUGGAUGCUGCUGACCAGGAGAAGAUAGAGGCCUCUAAGAAUGAACUGCACAACCUGCUUGACAAGCCCCAGCUCCAGGGCAUCCCGGUCCUGGUCCUGGGGAACAAGAGGGACCUGCCCGGUGCCUUGGAUGAGAAGGAGCUCAUUGAAAAGAUGAACCUCUCUGCCAUCCAGGACCGAGAGAUCUGUUGCUAUUCCAUCUCCUGCAAAGAAAAGGACAACAUUGACAUCACCCUACAGUGGCUUAUCCAGCACUCGAAGUCCAGGCGAAGCUGAGGUCCUGCGGGCCUGGCUCGGAUGGGAAGCUGCCAUUGUCCAAGCCCAUGCCCCUCUCUCCUGCUCUGUCCCUCCAGCUCUCUCUCUAGAUGGGUAUUUUUAGGGGACCCCAGACUCUGCUGACAUUGGGGCAGAGUCCUUGUUUUUAUUGUAAAGAAGAUGUCUGACUGCCCUCCUCUCCCCUGUCCUCCUCUCCCCCUCUCUUCCUCCAUUUUGGCACUGUUCUGUUGUUGUCUGUGUAUACAGUAUAUAUAUAUGUAUAUAUAUUUUAAUUUUUUAAUUUAAGGGAUAGUGCUGUUAUUAAAUUGGGCCCUGCGAGCAGUAGGAAAGCUGCGGCUCCCCAAGGCCAGCCAAGGGUCAGCAUUGGGAGGAGGAGGAGGAGGGUGGUAGCAGAAGGCAGCCUUUGGGGAUGGGGCUGUGCCAGCUGCAGGCAGGUCCCCUGGGGCUCCCGUUUCCCUUCUCUGGGUGUCCUGCUGCUGCCUCCAGGCAGACACCACCCUGGGGGUGCUGGGGUGCCCACCUUGUCCUGCCUGCCUUGGGCUUGGGGUGGGAGGGACGUGUCAAUGCCACCUGCAGGCUCCUCUCCCCUCCAGGGAACAGAGAUUAGCCACAAGCCACUGCCAUCAGCCUCCCCCUGCUGCCUCCACUUCCCCAACCCCUCUUUGGGGUCCAGGGCCACUUGUCCCCCUGCCCCACUGUCCCCUGCUCUUGUGCCUGGGUCAAAUCCUGCCCACUGCCCAGCCUGGCUGCUUGGGGCACUGGUACCAGUGCUGGGUGCCCAGCAGUGCCAGCAGCCCCUGGGGGAGCUGGGGCUGGCACCUGCCUCCCACCUGUCCCAGGGCUGCCUCAGCCCCUGUAGCUUCCCAGGAGGGCUGUGCUGGCUCCCCACGUGCCAAGUGGCAUCACCUGUGCCCGGCUGGGGCUGCUGGCUCUGCCCUGGCCAGGCACAUCCCUUGGGAUGCCAGAGAGGGAGGGACACGUGGAGGCACCUGGAGACAUGCUCAGAACAUCUGUGCACCCUCAGUGCUGCUCACCAGAGCCAGGGAUGUGCUCUGUGCCUGCUCCCCAUGCCCUGCUCCCCAUGCUUGCUCCACAUUUCUACUCUCCGUGCUCUGCCUCCUGUGCCUGCUCCCCAUGCCCCACUCCCCAUGCUCCACUCCCCUCUCCCCAUGCCCCCUCCCCAUGCCACCCCUGCUCUGCUGCCCUGGCUGGGGGGUGCAGGAGCUGUGGGGCAGGGCCAGCAGGGCUUGUGGGGACAGUGGUCAGGUCUGUGUGUGCACAGGGGGGACUGUGGAAGUCCUGUGGGGUGACAGUGGCUGUGGCUGGCUGUGCCAUGUCUGUGCCAUGGGCUGGGGCUCUGAGGGGCAGCCUGGGGCCUGGCCAGGUUGUUUGGGGCCAGUCUGGGGGACUGGGCUGGCACUGGAGGCUGGGUGAGCAGGGGAGGCAGCUGCUGGUCCCAGUGCAGGGCUGGGGCACAGGGUGGGGAUGGUUGGGGGGGCUGCAGGGCCCCCUCAGCCCCUUCCCACUGGGCUCCAGGGCGUCAGGCUGGGAAUUUACCUUCUGUUCUUGUUUUUGCAGAAUUGCACAAAGAGAGGUUUCUUUUUGUUGAUUUUUUUUUUAAUUUAACGACUUGUAAAGUGUUGUCUCCCCCCCACCCUCCCUUUUUUUUUUUUUGUAAGAGAUAUUUUGACUCAGAUUUGACCUCUGUUGGGAAAUGAUUCUUGUAACUGUACAAUUUUUUUGCCUCCUAAUAAUAAACUAACAAUUUUGCGUUG